GCUCUUCUCUACUGCGAUCUUAUCCUAGGAGUGUCCUAACUCUGCCCGUGGGGACACCUUCACCCGGGGUCCGGGAUUCUGAUACGGCAACGGGCAGUUGACAGCUUGGCUGCCUUGCUCCCGGAUCUGCCUUCUCUUCUUAUCAUCUCCUUUCUUUCCUCAGGAUUGUCGGUGGAUUCGUCCCAGGAGAGCUGACUGCCCGCUGCUGACCUCCAGCAGAGCCAGCCAAAAUGUCCCCGGAAUCCAAAAAGCUUUUCAACAUCAUUAUUUUAGGAGUUGCCUUUAUGUUUAUGUUCACCGCUUUUCAAACUUGUGGAAAUGUGGCGCAAACUGUCAUCAGGAGCUUAAAUAGCACGGAUUUUCACGGCAGCGGAUAUACCAGCAUGGCAAUUAUUUAUGGCGUGUUCUCUGCUUCCAACAUGAUCACGCCGUCCGUGGUUGCCAUCGUGGGACCUCAGCUCUCUAUGUUUGCUAGUGGUUUAUUUUACAGCAUGUACAUUGCCGUUUUUAUCCAGCCUUUCCCCUGGUCCUUCUACACGGCCUCGGUUUUCAUCGGAAUUGCAGCUGCUGUACUUUGGACAGCGCAAGGAAAUUGCCUGACGAUAAAUUCAGAUGAGCACACUAUUGGGAGAAACAGUGGAAUUUUUUGGGCACUCUUACAGUCAAGCUUGUUCUUUGGGAAUCUCUACAUAUACUUUGCUUGGCAAGGGAAGACGCAGAUCUCAGAGAGUGACCGAAGAACAGUGUUUAUUGCCCUGACAGUGAUUAGCCUUGUGGGGACAGUUCUUUUCUUUCUCAUUAGGAAACCAGAUUCUGAAAACGUCCUGGAAGAAGAUGAGUCUUCUGAUGACCAGGACCUGGAAGUCAAUGAAUCUGCCCAGGACAACGUGACAAAGGCAGUCGAAGCAUUUAAAAAGUCUCUUAAGUUAUGUGUCACCAAGGAGAUGCUCCUUCUUAGUAUGACAACUGCUUAUACAGGUCUGGAACUGACGUUUUUCUCUGGUGUCUAUGGAACCUGCAUUGGUGCCGUCAAUAAAUUUGGGACAGAAGAGAAAAGCCUCAUUGGACUUUCUGGCAUUUUCAUCGGCAUUGGAGAAAUUUUAGGUGGAAGCCUCUUUGGCCUGCUGAGCAAGAAUAGCCGCUUUGGAAGGAAUCCCGUCGUGCUGCUGGGCAUCCUGGUGCACUUCGUGGCCUUUUACCUGAUCUUCCUCAACAUGCCCGGGGACGCCCCCAUUGCUCCCGUCGAAGGAACGGACAGCAGUGCUUACAUCAAUCCCAGCAAAGAAGUCGCCAUCCUCUGCAGUUUCCUGUUGGGUCUGGGAGACAGCUGCUUCAACACGCAGCUGCUGAGCAUCCUGGGAUUCCUGUAUUCUGAGGACAGCGCGCCAGCGUUCGCCGUCUUCAAGUUUGUCCAGUCCAUCUGCGCAGCCGUGGCGUUUUUCUACAGCAACUACCUUCUCCUCCACUGGCAACUCCUGGUUAUGGUGAUCUUCGGGUUCUUUGGAACAAUCUCGUUCUUCGCUGUGGAGUGGGAAGCCGCCGCCUUUGUAGCCCGGAGCUCCGACUACCGAAGCAUUUGA